GAUUUUUUUCUCGGGACAACCUUCGGAUCCGCCUCUUGAACGUGUGCCGAAUUCCUUGACCAAAAUCUUUGAUAACACCUUUAUCUAAAGAUUGMACUGCAUUUCCCACCUAGCCUCAGUUGUACACAAUGAAAUCUAUYAAUCCCCUGCUUAGCGUUGUCGUAAUGGCUUCUGUUGGAAGCGUAACCGGAUUUGCAUCCGUUACGACURCCUCUCCCAAAGCUACAACGAGCUUGAAUGCGUCUUCAAAAAGAACGGCGGAGUGGCUAUCWCAUUUAACAGUUGGCGUCGCAGCUUUYGCAGUUGCUUCCACGUUUUCUAUAACGGAGCCAGCCUUUGCCGAUCAAGGAGCUACAGCUGCAUCAAACGCAAAAAUUACGACUGGAGGUGCAUCGACCCUGCAGUCGGGCCGUACGAUUGCCAUCACUCGUGGGGUUAACCUUGAUAAUUCGAAUUUUKCUGGACAAAAUCUGAAGGGAGUAGCUUUCCAACAAAGUAUUGUUCGAGACUCCAACUUCAAGGGAGCCAAUUUGGUAGGAUCUUCUUUCUUUGAUGCAACACUCGACGGAAGCGAUUUCGAAGAUGCUGACAUGACUCUCUCGAAUGUUGAAAUGGCCCAAUUCAACCGGGCUAACCUGAAAAACACUGUCAUGAAAGAAGUGUAUGUCAGUGGAGCUACUUUGUUCGAGGGUGUAAAGAGCAUCGAAGGAAGCGACUGGAGUGAGACAUUUUUGCGCAAAGACCAACAGAAAUACCUUUGUGAACACCCAACCGCCAAAGGUACCAACCCUGUCACGGGCGUCGACACACGAGAGAGUCUCAUGUGCAGAGAUUAAGUGCUGAUAAGAUGGAGCUAUUYACUCAUUGACUCUGCGAAUAUGURYUCAUGAAGUAGAACAUACCGACUCCACAUACGAGAUACAUAAGCCCAAAUUGUYUGAAGUG